GCAGGAUUGCUUUGGCCGCAUUGGUUGCUUCAGAUUUGAUUGCGGACAUCAUCGAGGCCAGAAAGUUGAUCCCUUCUAUCACCAGCAGCUUCGAAAAGUACACAGGAGAUGAGCCAGAUGGCUUCGUGAAGGUUUACGUUGAUGAUACUUUCAAGUACUCCACGCAUGCCAUCAACAACAACCGAAGCCCCAAGUGGAACGACCCGCAGACAUUCGACAUUGUCGCAGACCUUUCCAUGAUCCGGGUGCAUGUCUUCGACUUGGAUGGCGAGCCGGGCUCCAACCUCGAGGAUCCCAUUGGCUUCGUGGAGUUCUGCAUUGCAGACAUUCCCUUCGAUGAGGAAAUUGAUGGAUGGUUCGAGCUGCGAUUCCCGAACAACCUCCAGGGCAUCAACACCGAUCGUUACUUUGAGCACAUGCAUAUGCGUGAGGAAGAGAAACGGCAAUCUCGGCCGACGGAGCCUCCGCAGAAGGCAAAGGGCAACGCUCAGGAAAAUCCUGAGCUUGAAGAUUCUGACGUUUACAUGCAGAGCGUUGCAAAAGUCCGAAGCGGAAUGAUGGGCCGGGCACUGAAGAGACUCAACUUUAUGGCUGGCACGGGGGACAACGAAAACCCGGCGAGCGAUGAACAGUACAAUGCCGGCGAGAUUCACCUGAAGCUGCGCCUCAAGCGCGUCGUGAGCGACAACACAGCUUUAUUUGCGAAGGCCUUGGUGCCGUCCUACAUGACAUAUGCAACCUUCAUCCAGGAGGAGUUUCUGCCCAAGCUCGAUCUACAGGAGUUGCUGGAUGAUGCUAUGGACAUCAAGAUCGAGGUCGUUGAUGACAUGCUCUUUGCAGUCUUUGCCUUCUUCAGUUAUGUUCUGGCUUGGCGUUCCUGGCUACUGUCUGGCUUGCUCUUUGUCUCUGUUGUGUCUGGCGCCAAAUCGUCAGUGCUGGCAUAUGGCUUUUUCCACCUCUGGCUCGCCUUGGUGAUGAUUCUGCUAAAGUUCCCCACGUGGCGAUAUUCCAUGACCACAAAUGGCAUGAACGCUCCCCUGAAUCAGGAGGGGCUGGUUCAAGUCGCGAAGUUCAACUCCACGGACGAGAUGCACGUCUACCUGAUCCGUAUGGUCCAGGCCAAUUGCGGCACCAUCUCCGAAGCCGGCUGGCAGGAAUUGGUUCACUUUGCCGGAACCGUCGUACAAGGAGACGGAGAUGUCGACGUCACGUAUGAUGACCUUUUGAAGGCGCUGAAAGACCUGUGGUUCCUGGAUUUCCCAACAGGAAAUCCGAUUGAAGUUGGUUCCUUGGUUCGCGUGAAUGAUCGACGGCGUGGAACAGUGACCAAAGUCCAUCAUGACGACAAGGUAGACGUGGACUACGACGAGCCGACGAAAACCGACCCCACUGACAUGAGUGUGAAGAAGGCCCAUGCGAAGGAUGUGGCCGUGCGGCCCUACGCCCCUGGCAUCCCACGGAUGCUGGUGCCAAAAUCCUUGCGGGGACUUGUGACAUCGAUCCAGUUCCAGGUGGAAUCCGUCAAGAAGGCCCUCCUCCCAGCCACCGAAGCGCUGCGCGCCUUCUUCGUGUGGAAGCGCCCAGUGAAGAUGAGCUUGCUCAUCAUAUACCUGGUCUUCCGUUCCUACGUGUCUUUCUAUGCCUACUUUUUCGACAAGAGCUGGUGCCAUGUAGCCAUUGUCAUCAUGACAUGGCUGCGAAAUGCAGUAUUUGCAAUACUUGUCCUCAUUGUGCUUUUCGGACAAGCGAGGCUAUGGAAGGUACUUCGCGCGAUUGGCCUGAUGGCUGCAGGGAAAUGCUGCGACCGGCGCCAGGCACCGGACAAGUGGAAGUUCUACAAGCAUGCAACGGAGCCGUACCUGAAGAAGACCCAAUGA